AACUGCGAAAACAUUCAUAACGGUAAACUCCAGGCGUGUGGACGUGUGUGUUAUUUUCGCUAUUCUGCUCUUAGCGCUCUAUCUCUGUCACGUCUUUUCGCUGCUUCUGUGUGUUUUGUGUAUUAUUUCAGUGAGUGCCGCGUCUCGUGUCCGCUCACAGCUCACUUCUUACUGCACUUAAACAAAAUUAAAAAAAAAUAAAUAACAAAGUAAACAAAGUAUCUUGAUCUAUUUGCCGCGCUUUUAAAUUUUUAAUUUGUACUGGAAACAAACGAAAUUGUAAAUUUUACAAAUGCAAUAAAAAAAAAUUUAAAAAAUAAAUAAAUAAAUAAAAAAUACAAAAAUUUAAAUUUACACCUUUUGCAAUGUGACUAUAAUUUGUGUGUGGAACACGCCCAUCCGCCCUAGUCGACCGACCAAUUGUACUUUGCUGUGUUGUCAUUCAAAAAUAUUAAAAACAUACAAUAAACAAUAGAAAAUAUCAAAAACUCUUCAAUAAGUUUAUCAAUUAAUCGCUGAUCGUAGGAGUGUCAGCUUGCCUUAAAAAAGCCACAAACUGAGAAUAAUUGAAAUAUCUAUCCAAAGUGGGUUUACAAAUCGAGUUCGGAUUUGCGCAAGCGAAGAACAGCUGCCGGAAAGGUCAAGAAAUGGGAACUAUUGAGAAACGCUCCUUCUCCUUCCGGCUGCGCCGUUCGUUCGGCGAUGGCGGCAGCACCAACAGCCGCAACAGCAACAACAACAGCAGCACCUGCACCAAUCACAACAACCAGAAGCGAUGCAGCACCCCCUUGACGCCAACCAGCACCAGCACCGGCCGGCUGGAGGUGCCUGGUGCAUCGGUGAGUCGACGCAGCAGCAUUUACAAGAAGCCGGACAAGAACGAUGGGGGACAAAUCCAUAUGAUACCCGACGUGGAGCUGCCGCUGAUGACAUUCGCCGAUCAGUACAAUAUCGAGAAGACGCUGGCCGAGGGCUGCUUCGCCAAGAUAUUGCUCUGUCGGCAUCGGCCGACCAACACCACGGUGGUGCUGAAGGCGGUGCAUGCCGAGCUGACCACGAUCAAGGAGUUCCAGAAGGAGUUCCACUACAACUACGAGCUAUCGCAUCACCAUCACAUACUCAGCGCCUAUGCGGUGGCCUUCCAGACCAUGGACUACUACGUGUUUGCCAUGGAGCAUGCGCCAUACGGAGAUCUCGCUUCGAACAUAGGACCGAAUGGCUUGCAUGAGACGGCCUGUAAGCUGAUUGCCGAGCAAUUGAGCUCGGCGUUGGGUUUCAUGCACUCCAAGAAUCUGGUGCAUCGGGAUCUCAAGGUUGAGAACGUGUUGGUCUUUACGCCGGACUUUACACGUGUCAAGCUAUGCGAUUUUGGGGCAACAACCAAGAAGGGGCUGCUCGUGCACAAGGUGAAGCAUACGUGGACCAGCUGUGUGCCGCCCGAGCAAUUGGAGCUGAUCAAGAAUGAGCGCUUCCAGUGCUUGCCCAUCAGCGAUUCCUGGCAAUUUGGCAUCUUGCUGUACAACAUUCUGACGGGUAAUCCGCCUUGGCUGUCCGCCGAUUGGGUCAAGGAUCAGGCGUAUGCGAACUUCAUGAAGUACGAGCAGCGCAAGACGACCAAGGUACCAGAGAACUUUCGACGUUUCUCGCCGCGUUUGAUGCGCUGCUUCCGCAAGUACUUGACGCACGAUACAGAGGAACGGUGCAAGAUCACCGAGGUGAACAAGUACAUGAAGGAUCGCUGGGUCGAGUGUCGCAUCUCAGCCUCGAAAUCGGCCACGCUGAUCUCGCCCACGCCGCAGGAUCAGGACUCGUGCAUCUAUCUGAAUCAGCGGGAGGGACGCCUGUCUGGGGAUGAGAACAAAUUGCGCUUUAGGCGCAUGAUGUCCAGCUAUGGCCUGGACGUACCCAUUGAUCAGGGCAUGGUGCGAAAGCGCGUCUGGGAUUGGCUAUCCACAUGCGAUGCUAGCUUCGAUCCAGAAGUGGAAAGCUUGCAUGCAUUGGAAAUGUAGAGAGCUGCGAUAUAUCUAAAAGAAUUUUGUUAGAUGUAUGAGAUCUAGGAGAUUUAUUAGAUCUCUGACCUAUGCGAUCUCUGAUUUAUGAGAUCUAUGGUUUAUAUUGAGAACUGUCUCUUCUGAAGCCAAACAAAAAUUUGUUAUUUGGUUCAAUUGGACCAAAAUUGAUUAUAUAUAAAUCAUAUAUAUAUAAAUAUUGUAAUACUUAUAGACGAAUUUUGCUAUGCAUAUGAAGAAACUACAUAAUUAUUAGAAAUUUAUACCAAAUAAACCCCAUGGGGUAUUAAAUAUAUAAAAAUGUACUUAGUAGAUAUUUUGUAUAUCCAGUAAAAGCAAAACACGUCAACGGAUAAUCUUUCCACUAGUGUUACCUUUCUAGUCUUCCGCUACGAUGGUUUAAAUAUGUAUAAAUAUAUAUAUAUAUAUAUAUAUCUAUCUGUAUGUAGUUUUAUAUAUGUGUGAUGUACGCGUUAUUUACUUUAUACGUCAUAUACGAUACCAACUAAUGCAAUUAUCUAGAAUUUAAUAUCUACUUAAGAGCAAGAUAAACGAUAUAUAUCUAUAAUCUAUAUACUAUAUAUGACCAAUUAUUAGCUAAGUGUUGUCUUAUCUAUGUGUAAUUCGAUUAUAUCUAAACCCUAUACGAUUAUAUAUUAUGUUAAUGCUAGACUUUAUCUUGUAUCUCUAUCUAUAUCUGUACGAUCCUGUAUAUAAUCUUACUAUAUGUAUAUGUAUAUGUAUGUACGUAUUUAUGAGUACUAUAUGCGAUGUGCUAUACUACUUUUAUAUGAGUUAAUGUACACAGAAUGAAUGCAAAAACAAAUAUAUGAAUAUAUAGAGAAA